AACGACAUACAGAAAAUCAUCAACCACGAACGCGAUUAAAAUUAGACAGCAUUAAAACGACGGCGAAUCGAUCACGAAAAUUACUUAGGCACCAUAGUUACAGUUCAUUUGGUCAUGGUUAUCGCUGCUUGAAACCAUAUUGAGCCUUACUACAGCCUCGUCCAUCUAAGAUGUCCUCGUCCGACGUUCGCGACGUAUUAAAUCUACCUGACGGCCUGUCAGCGACGCGCCCGGUAAAAAAGCAAAAGGCUUCAGGCGCAAGAUCUGGUCUUAAGGGUCUCGCAAGAGAAGUUCACAGCCUGGGAGGCGACAAUCCGAUUGCGAUUGUACCAGAGGUCACCCAGUUCAAGAAAAGACGCCUGGCUAGCCGCAAACCAGCUGCUCGGUGGGAGCUACGAGAUUUCCGAAACUCAGCGCGCAACGAUGCAAGCUUGAUCUUGAAGCACUGGCGCCGCAAAGAAGUUAAAUUAGAGCCGCAACCAACAGACGUUGAUGGCGUCCAACUGCCAGCUCAAGACGAAAUUGAAGACUCAGCCUUUGCGAAGUACAACGUCGAAGUAUCGGCCCCUCACUACACAGAUGAGCAGUAUGCGCAGGCUCUGACGCAUGAUGAUUGGUCCAAGGAGGAAACAGACUAUCUAAUGGACCUAGCGCGCGACUUCGAUUUACGAUGGCCGUUGGUAUGGGACAGAUACGAAUGGAAUCCGCCGGCGACGAAUGGAGAGGCUACUGAAGAGGGAGAUGAAAGCAAGGCUAUUAUACCCGUUAUUCAAACACGCGCUAUGGAGGACUUGAAAGCUCGAUACUAUGAAGUAGCUGCGAAGAUGAUGGCUCUACAUAAGCCUGUGCAAUACAUGUCACAACCGGAAUUUGCACUCCAUGAACUCAUGGCUCACUACAACCCACAACAAGAAAAACUUCGAAAGGAUUUUGCAAUGAACUCGCUAGCCCGCUCGCGAGAUGAAGUGCGGGAGGAAGAGUCUCUCCUACUGGAAGUUAAACGCAUUCUUGCACGCAGUGAGAAGUUUAACGAAGAGAGACGCGAGCUCUACAACCGACUCGACUACCCCCAUGCCGAACAAGAUAUCAACACAUUCAAGUCGUCAACUGGCCUACAGACCUUGCUGCAGAACUUGAUGACAGUGGAUAAAUCCAAGAAACGCAAAUCUAUCCUGGGUGCUGAAGGAGGUGGUACCCCCGGGCCUGCUGGCGCUCAAGCAGCAGGCACUGACUCUGCAAAGCGCGAGAACCCAAGUGCUGGCAAUCGCGAUUCUGUUGGAGCGACAUCGACGCCUACGGCAGCGAGCAAGAAAGGCACACCACAGCAGGCACAGGAACGCAAGAAGCUUACAGACCAAGAGGAGGCCAUUUACGGUAUCACACAUCACGAGCGUCUUGGAUCCGGCCCAACAUUCCGCACAGAGAAGAUCAACAAGCUUUUCUCACACAAGUCUCACCAGCAGCAAAAUCGCAUCACAAACACACUCAACGAGUUGGAUGUUCCUAAUAAGCUUGCGAUGCCAACAAUUGGCACUACACAACAGUUUGAGGCGCUUUUGGGCGCUGUCAACAGCCUUCUUGAUGCCAGAAAGGUCUUUGACAAGCUAGAGGCUGAAAUCAAGGUGGAAUUGGCGAAGAAGGCUGAGCGCGAAAAGGCAAAUGGCACUGGCGAGGAGGAGACCAAGCCAGAGGGUGAUGCCAAUGAGGCCGAUGCAUCAGAGACCAAGCCUUCAGACUCGUUGGAAGAGGAGGCUGAAGAUGCCGACGAAACAGCUGUACCAGCUGAAGAUGCUGAGAAGGAAAAGAGUGGUCGACCUGGAAGCAGCGGUGUGUCGAAUAAGCGAAGCGCAAGUGUCCUCAGCACUGUUAGUGACAAGAGUGCAAAGCGGCAAAAGAAGUGAAGUGCAAGUACUAUGGAAGUACACUCUACCUAAUCGAGGCACGCGGCUGUGUGCUUAAUCAACCACACAUCUCAGCUUGAUAUUCCAGACCCUGCUGAAUCUUCAGCUCCACAAGUCAGCGACUCACUCUUGCAGGCAGGAGGUUCAGAGCUUUCUCGAGGUAGGGUAUUACUGAGCUAGGCACUUGUGAUGAUUGACACAUUGUGCCAUGGGGAUUCGCCAUUACCGCUCUCCCAUCUUAAUGAAUGAUGGUUCAUAGCCAGCUGCACCUGCGCCUGGCCAUCGCAUGUAACACUAGAUAACCUGAAACAAUACUAUUAUUUGUGUCCACAAAUGAUUUACAAGCGAUUGUACCAUGACUUCAUGUGACUGGGUAUUCGAAUUAAACAGGCGGCUAGAUGUUUCAUGACACUCACAAGAGGUUGGCUGCCUCUUCGCUGGUGGCGUGCCAUUGGGUAGACCAAGAUGUGAUGAAAGGGUCAACGAAUGCCCUCUGUGGAGCGUAAUACAAACUAGUGUAAGUGAGUUCUGGAUAAGGGGGGUGUAUAUAAGGCCCCCGCCUUUUGAAGUAUUCCAAAGUUUCAGUAGACAUCAUAAUCUGCAGGUUUGGGUGGUCAUCAGGAAGAGUCUGCCAAGGUAUAAGUCGCCGUUGAGAGCCAAGUAAUUGGUCAGGAAUUGCUGAAGGCGGGGGAUUUAAGUAGUCAGAACCCACUUCAUAUCCGGUUUCUUAAUUUAGAAUGCCAAAUAUUGGACGACUACAGCUGACGUUUGCUAAGAAUAGAAUAUCUGGCGGGACCACGAUGGAGCCAAU